CGCUGUUGUUGAACUUUCCCCACGAUCCACGACUCUGUGACGUCCUGUGCACGCCCCUCCCCUCACGACUACGCCCUUACGCCCUGCCUCACGAUUUCUACUGCCAUCUACACGAGUUACGAUAUCGAUAUCUACUACGCCCCGUCGACAUGCCUGAUCUCGACGCGCGCGGGAAGAUUGCGGCUGCCGAGCUCGCGUUCUACGUCCCGAUUGCGAUCGUCAGUCUCCUGCUGGUUAUCCGGUAUGCGUUCAGGCGCGAUUCCGGGUGGUUCUUCCUUCUCUGGUUUGCCCUCGUCCGAGUGACGGCUGGGGCGCUUCUCAUCGCCGCUGAGCUCGUCACGCCGUAUGACGAGGGUAUUUGGACGGCGGCAUGGGUCCUCAACGACGCCGGCCUGGGCUUCCUGUUGUUGUCUACCAUCGGCUUCCUCGGUCUCGCAGGUCAGCACACUUACAGCGAAAUGAUCAAGACCAUGCACAUGUACCGCUCCCUCGCCCUCGUCAUUCUCGCCGCCAUGGCCAUCACCGCGGCAGGCGGGGGCGUCCAAGCCCACGCCGACCAGGAUACCAUUCGCACUGGAAAGAUCCUCCGCCGCGUCAGCGCGGUGUUGUUUGGCGUCAUUUGGGGACUCCUGGCCAUGCUGCACGUCCACGCAAUGCGCAGCCACCACCUCAUGCGCACCUACCGCAAGCGGCUCCUCUUCACCCUCUGGGUCGCGCUGCCCGUCCUCGGUGUCCGUGUUGCGUGCUCCAUCCUCAACGCAUUCGGUUCGGCCGACGUCUUCGGGUACCAGCUCUCGCCGAACGCGACCCUCCGACCGUUCGCCUACACGCAAGACUGGGUUCGCUGGCUCGUCAUGGGCCUCGUCAUGGAGUACGCGGUCGUGCUCAUCUACCUGGUCUCGAGCACUGGUGUCUCGAGAAGAAACAGACUGGGCUACUAGAUGCGCGCUCGCCGAGCACGUCUGUUGCCACCAGCUCUCGGAAGCGUAUGGGAUGCCUACCCGACGGCGCGACGACUAGAACCAAUAUACUGACAUCUUUAUUUUCUGUACUUGUAUCUGUACUCGGUAAUCUCUUUUAUCUACCUACUCACCUGGGACGUUGCUUCACCUUCACCUCGGGACGGUGCCACGUACUGGUUUAGGCGAUACCACAUACCGCUUGACGAUAGUUCUACGUCCCGUUGGGAACAAUCCUACGUACAGCUAUGGACAAUGUCACCACGUACGAUUCUACGCGCUCGACCACUACUUACUAUAUAUACGUAGAAUGCCAUGUUUGUACCCUGUCGACACUGC